CACUUAGUCCUUAAAAGCUCUCAUAGCUUUGAUUUAUCAGCCCUCUCCAUGAAGCAAAAACACAGACCUUUAUCUUAACAACAGUGUGUAUAUACCCCGAUCUGAAUCCUAUCAAGGAGAAACGAGAGCUAUGCUCAGAAAGAGACAGGAAGAAGUUUUAUUGCGGCUGCCAUGUUACUGUGAAGGACUGGGACAAAAGGGUGUACAUAUACAUAUCACGUCUGCUUAUUUAUUUCAGUGGUUGUUUGAUUCGAGUUUUGUGUAAUCUCACCCUCAGGGGUGAGGGGAAGAAUCAUGGCAUCAUUAUUAUGUGUUAAACAACCUGGGGGCAAGGUGAAAAUGCAUUCGUCGGAGUUGAUUGAAGAACUGAUGAUAGACAGCAAAGAUCACAUCACGACUAUGAAAAUGAGCAAAAGUGAUGUGUACAGAAGAAGACAAAAAAGACCCAUGUCCACCUCUGUAAUUCAAACGAGAGAAGGCGUUGACUCCAAAAGUCUGAUUGGUCAGACUCUUCGGGUUCAAGAUUGGUUAAAUGAGAAAACUGUUAAGGGAUUGCAGUUUGCUAUACCCCAGGCCUGGGUUGAACAACAGAUUGUCAACUCUACGUACAUGAAGGAGAGAUCGGAUAUGGAAACAAAAGAAGCUAGAGAGUUGUACAAUCCUCUUUUGGAGGUGGAGGGCACAUUUGUCAGGGACAUGCAAAAUGUAGUGAAAAGCAAGGACGUGCUAGAUCUGAGGAAGCGCGAGAUGUUGCACAAGAAGUGGAACGAUCGUGUGUACGAGCCGCUCCGAGGGAAGAUCAUUGAUGUGAUGGAUGGAGAGGAUUGGCCCGAACUGGACCGAAGGAAACGAGAGCUGCAUAAACAGUACCUGGAGUUUGUCAACCAGAAGGGCCAUGUAUUCUUAGACACGAUGGACCCCUCUGAAUAUUAUGCCCAAGCCUUAAAUGGUCAUAGGCCAGCUCCCAUCAAGGUGUAUUUUUCUGAGAAAAAGGUAGUUUUUAAUGUCCCUGAUUCAAGGCCAGUCACCGCACCUGCACAGAUUGCCACCAAGGCUUUCCGUGACCCCCUAUUGUCUCAGGGUCGUGAGCGCAGUGCAGAGGAGAGAACCAUUCUAAGAUGUCUGACAGGAAAUGACUACACUGACAAAGACAUCGAGCAGGUGAAGUUACCUCCCCUGCCUUUAGUUCCCCUCGGACGCCACGGCACAGACAGCAUCAGGUGGUUGGAGAUGCCCCUGCACAACAUCGAGAGCACACCACGCAUGGCCAGCAGAUACGAGUCCAUUAUGAACAUCGCCUGUCUAUGGGGAACAUGGACUUCUGGGUUAAGUGUGAAGCGAAGGAUGCACGGCACAUUCAAUCAAAGCCAAUUAAACUUUGAAGAGUGGUCAAGGGCACAGCGAAACCGAGCUCAAGUAGAAAUGGAACUGCAGACACAGAAAAAGCGCAUGUACACAGAAGUCCCUCCAUUUAAAAUCCCACCCAGGGAGGUACCCUCCUCGUAUUUAGAGCCCAACAACAUUGGAAUUCAGACCAUUCCAGAGGAACUUGAGCAAUUGACUCUCAAAAACUGGGCACCUUCUAACGAUUCUGCCUCCAUUCCAGUGGGAGCAUGUUAAUGGUUUUACAAUGGAGAAGAGAAUCUGUGAUAAUUAAGAAGCAUUUAAUAUAUUUUUUAUCUUAGAAGUGCUAUAUCAAAUUAAAAAAAAAAAAUUAGAAAAAAUAGAUAUUUCAAGGAAGUUUAAAAUUGCAUUUGUGGGAUAUGUGCCUUUUUGGAUUCACUGUGCCUAACAUUUUGUGAUGUAAUGAAUGUGAUGAUUGUUUUGUCAUAUCUACUGAACCAACUUUGUAUUGUUUUUGUUUUGGAAGAAAAGAAGUAGAAAAUUGAACCGUUCCUUGCAAAAAGGGCUCUGAAGUAUUGUAGUGCUAAAGUGUUAACUAUAGAGAACAAUCCCUCAAAAUAUGAAAACAAUAUUGAUUGUCAUUAAAAUAUUACAAUUAAUCAAAGAUGAUAACCAACUUGUAAUCGGUAAUCGUGACCUUUUUCUUUACAAGUAUGCAAAAAAUGACGUUACGUUUUUUUCAUUACGACAUUUUAUGAAAAACAUUGUUGGAUAAGAUAAGGGUCUUUUUUGCUAGGAACGGCUCAAAUGAUGUUUACAAUAAUUAUACGUAUAAGAGUACUGUUUUUCAAACCAUUUCAGGUAUUACAUGUAGUAUUUACAAAAGAUUUUGAAAUUUUUUCAAUGUUCUCAAAACUGUAUAUUCUUGAGAGCUAUAUUAGCCUUGAAUUUUUAGUGAACUUCCAUGUGCCUGCACAAGACAAAACUAAAAUUCUAGUGGAUUUCAAGGUUUCUUGUUAUUCGAGGUCUAAUAUUUCUGGGUUUUUACAAAAAUUAUGUACAGGUAGUAUUAUUUCACAAAAUUUCUUGUUCCCGAAAAAAGUUUUGGCAAAUUUUCCCCACCCAUAUCCAAUUUGAAUGCAAUACAAGUCUCUAUACAUUACAGGGUGUUUUCUACGAGAUAAAUUCAUUGUGUGACAUGUGUAUUCCAUGCUUGUCAGUAAUGGUGGUGCUAGGGACUGCCGACUAGUCAUUUUUACAGAAGUGUCUGCACAUUGUGUUAAUAUUAUUUCUGUAGGCUCAUAUUAGAAUAAUUGUUUGUAGAUCUUCUCAGUAUUGCACUUUUUAUAUGAACAUUCUCACAUAGAUAUUAAAUAAUGUUGAAAUAAAAAAAAA